AUGAAGCGUAUUAGUACAGCAAAGUACAGUACGACCAAGGAAAAAAUAAUGGGAAUGCCGAUUUUUCCUUUGUUGCCACUUGCCGAUAGUACGAUGAUGGUGAUGGCGGUGUUGCCUUCUGGUGGGGCUGCGACCUGCGAGCCGGCAAUCCUUGCUGGCACGCCCUGCCCCGUUGUCAAUACGCCAUUCGUGGCGCCGUCGCGCACUGCCCCGUUGUCAACACGCCAUUCGGGGAGCCGUCGCCUUCAGUGCCGCCACAGACCUACAGGACACGCGCACCGCGCUGAAAAUGUCGUUGGCUCCGAUGAAAGGGACGGUGACGUGCUUGGCAAUUGGCAUACAAUAAAGUACUGUAGAGCGUGCGUUGCGGUCCGCAACGCUGCCGAGUCGACGUCGAACCUGCCCGGCCGUAUCCGAUCAUCACGGCACAGAGUUUCAGUGAUUUGA